GACCAGAGACAAGUGUCUGUCUAGUUUCUGAUUUGACGUUGAGUUUGUUGUGGUGUUUUGGGACACAGUGGUUGAGUUAAGUGGAAAUUGAGGAGAAAUGGGGCGCCGCAAGUCGAAACGGAAGCCGCCGCCCAAGCGCAAGGCCAUCGAGCCGCUGGACAUCCUGUUCAACUGCCCCUUUUGCAAUCACGAGAAGAGCUGCGACGUGAAAAUGGACAAGGGGCGAAGCACCGCGCGGAUAACCUGCCGGGUGUGCCUGGAGGACUUUCAGACCACCAUUAACUUUUUGUCGGAGCCGGUGGACGUGUACAACGACUGGAUAGAUGCGUGCGAAUCGGCGAAUUGAGCAAUGAGGGCCCCAGUCAGUUGAAUAAGUUUAAUUUUAGGUACAGACGCGUAAAAAAUAUGCAUUAGAACUAGCCUAAGGUGGUAAUCCGUGUAAAUAUAUCAACUACUGUCUA